GAUCAUGAUCCAGUCCUCACGCAAACGCUUAGCGAAAUCGCUUGGUUCUGCUUCUCGAUGCCGUUCCCGCCGUUCAUCGUGCAGGACCUUGCGGUUUCUUGGGCCAUUCUAUCAGACAAGCGUCCGAAACCGCUGUUUCCGCACUGGCUGGCGUAUGCGACUACGGGUCUUACGCUGACGUUUUAUCCGGCACUGGGUGUGCAUUGUGUGCAUUAUGGUGCGAUGGCGUGGGAUGGUGCGCUUGAGUUUUGGCUGGGGGCGGCUGGGUUUGGGAUUCAAGUUGGGUUGCUGGUUUCUUUUUUGAUAAAGGCUGUGGGGAGGCCGGAUGAAGAGGAUGUGGUUGAGUUAGUGGAUCUGUGA